AUGUCGAAGGAGGUGAGUGAGCAGGGCCAAACCCACCAUGGCAAAGACUAUGUAGAUACUCUACUGGCUCCUCUCCUCGAUGUGGCCAAGCUCAAGUUUUGGUCUUUCUAUAAGGCCCUCAUCGCCGAGUUCAUCGCCACCCUUCUCUUCCUCUACGUCACCAUUGCCAUUGUCAUCGACCACAAAAAAUUUAGCUGCGGAUUAGAGUUGGCAUCAUUCGUGGCCAGCUCUGACCUUCUCACUUCUUCAUGUAAGCUUAUCUCAGAUCUAGAUGUUGAAACCCAUUCAGACCAGAAUCUGUUCUGCAAAAAAGUUAGCAAAGAAUCAGGUUUGACAAUUAUAGUGUUUCGGUCAACCCAAAAUCAUGUUCAAUCUGAUUUGCUUCUUUUUUCGAUCGACAUGGACGACAAUCUCUUCAAAUUUAUCUGUUCCAGAACCAACCCCAACUUCUCUCUUAAUCGGUCUGUAUUUUCCCUGUUCAAGAAAUACCGAACCCAGGUUGGUCAACUAAAAUCUGAGGAGAAUUUGGUGAAAGAACUGCAUAAACAGGAAAUGCUAUUGAUUAAGAAGAGUCAACGGUUUAAACCGAACAAGAAGCUGAAUGACAUGAAAAGAAAUAUGGCUGAGUUGGGAUGGUACAAGAAGCACACAAAGAAUGAGAGAAAUGGGUACUAUGAAAGUUACAAGGAUGGAUUUUUCCCUCGUGACCAGGACGCUAUCAUGCUCAUAAAAGUACUUAACGAUUAUUGGGAAGAUAUGGUGCAAGAGGCAGAGAAACAACCCCAGAAAGAAGGUGAGAAUUUUCGCACCAAAUGGCUAUAUGGUGGGACUAAUUACAGGAGAAUGGUGGAACCAUUAGACAUUGCUCGGUACUACAAGGAGGGAAAAAGAGACUACAUAAAACAAGGAAGAUCUGAGCAUUAUAAACAGCUAGAGAACCGGUUGGAAUGUGAGCCGCGGAGACAACCUGAGUCAAUAAGUGGGACAAAUAUAGGAUCUAUAUUAACCUUGGAUUCUUGCUUUUGGGCACGUGUGGAAAAAGUGGUUGUUUUAACUCAAAACCUUAAGGUUAUAGGAGAUCAAUCCAGUGAGGCAGAGAAGCGAGAGGCGAUGAAUAGUUUGGAUGAGUUUGAGAAGCAUGUUUAUGGGUCGCUAAAGAAGUAUGCAGUUUCACCAGAGAUUUUCUUGGCUGGAAGUAGCUUCGUGCGUUGGUGGGAGUAACUAUAGAAUCAAGGGAGCUUCACAUGACUCUGAAGUUGUCAGCUUCAUGAAGAAUCCAGCCAAUUAUAAGAAGUAUGAGGAGGGUGCUUACGAUUUCCCGUGAGAAAAUAGGCCUUCUGAAUUGAUCAUUCUACGCAAGAUUUGAGUACGUUAGGAUCUCAUCACUUCAUUCCGCUUUCAAUUUGUGUUCUAUUUCUUCAAGUGGUUUUUGCUUAUCUUUUCUAUUUUGAAUGGAUGCUCAUAAAUUAUUGUGUCUUUUAACAGAAUUUAAGUAUGAUUUCAACUGGAACUGUGCUUUUGGGGAAAAUAUCAUC